AUGUAAGGCAACAUAGGCACACUAGAACCCUGAACCCUUGGCUGAGUCUGAGUCUCGGUGACAAUGUUUGCGGUGGCAGCGGAGUCCACAAUGGUCCUCCUCCGCGUCAGAGUAUUGAGUACACGUCACUUCUCCAUCACGAGGCUGUUGCCGGACAACAACAACAAAUGGCAUACACUUCCUCCCUUCUCUCCCACUCCUACUUCUCUCUCCGCCUCCGCCUCCACUACUGCCCUCAAAUGGGUUCUCCGCUGCUGUCCCCACCUUCCCAAACCCCUCGUCCACAAGCUUUUCCGUCUCAGGCAGGUUCGAAGAUCCUCCUCUCCUACCAUAAUCAAACGGGUGGCAGCUAAGGAUACGUUGAACUCAGGAGAUACCAUCUUUCUUCCUCUCUCUGUUAAACACAUUCCCACGGAGAAGAAACGUCACUCUGAUCUCACCCCUCAGCAAAUUCAAUUUGUCCGCAGUCUUGUCCUUUAUAAGGGUGGCACCAACAUCAAGAGGAGUUUAGACGUCUUAGCUGCAGCAUGUUUAAAUUUCGAGUACCCGGACUCCCCUCGCCUGGUACAUAGACUAGACCGAGACUGUUCUGGCAUUCUGGUGAUGGGAAGGACACAGACCAGUGCUACCAUUUUGCAUUCCAUCUUCAGGGAGAAAACUUCAACAGCAUCAGAUGAUAUUGAUGCAGAAAAUAGAAUCCUACAAAGAAGGUAUAUUGCGCUGGUCAUUGGGUGUCCAAGACGUCCAAGGGGGUUGAUUACUGCUUCACUCGGUAAGGUUGUGGUUGACAAUGGAAAAUCUGAUCGUAUAACCAUAGUUGACAAUUCAACAUUAUUGUCUUCACAGCAUGCAAUUACAGAGUAUCAUGUGAUUGGAUCAUCAUCGCAUGGUUACACUUGGCUUGAGCUGUACCCUUUAACUGGUAGAAAGCACCAGCUUCGAGUCCAUUGUGCCGAGGUGUUAGGCACACCGAUAGUUGGGGACUACAAGUACGGAUGGCAAGCUCACAGGAAGUUUGGACCUGAUAAUUUGUCUGACGUGGACUCAAGUGAGGAGCUAUGCAAGGAAGAAAUGCUACCCUUUGGCCUCACUAUGAACAAAGGAAGCAUUUCCGAAAGGUGUCCUCGUUUACAUCUUCAUUGCAAGCAAAUAGUUUUGCCCAAUAUAUAUCGAGCACUGCAAGAUGUGCAAUCACCUCACUACGAUCUAAACCAAGUGGGGAAUCUUGCGUUGACAGCACCUUUGCCGCCAUACAUGCAAAGGAGUUGGGAUAUCACGAAUUCUUGAGUUAUGAUUAGUUGAGAUGUUAAGCAGCUUUUGCAAUUCACUUUAUCUCAUCAAGAUAAAUGUCUUCUUCGAUUCAAGACAUAACUCGGGAGUUUUGCAACUGCAGUAGCUCGUGCAAUUUUCCAGAACUUGACUGGCAUUGCAUUUUGCAUAGUAAGCGUUGAAGAAAUAACUGUGUGCUGAUUUUGGACCAUAGCUCAGGAAAUUGCACUCUCUGAUUACGAGUUAGAGAUCAACGGAGCCAGCAAGACAUAGGUAUUAAUACAGUGACAUAUUCUAGAAACAUAAUAGCCAAUUCAUGAACAGAAAUGGUGGUGCAUUUACAUUAUUUAUUUUUACUGACAGCCAUUAGUGAUUGCUGUAGUCCAUGUUUUUAUGGCUGAUAUAUGACUCUCUCUCUCUCUCUCUCUCCCUCUCCCUUCCCCUCCCCCUCCAGGCAGCCAAAUUCUUUUAAACCCAGUCCAACCAAGUCCUCUUACCUUUGCGCUUC